AUGAUGGGCAAAUUGAUGAAAGAACAAAAAUCCAAAAAUAAUACAUUAAAAUGUGAUAUUGAUCGUGGUUUAAUAAGUUCUCGAGGAGAAUGGAAAAAACUGGAUGAUGAGAACAUUGUCUUUCCAGAGAUGAAUUUGGAGCACUUACGACAACUUUUCUUUGGUACAUAUCAGAUUAAGCAAAGUGAAACGUAUACCGAAGAACAUCUCGAUGAAGAAGGAAAUUAUGUCGUUCAGGUAGCUCCAGAAGAGGAUGAAAUGAUACGUUGUCAAAUUUAA